AGUAGGAGGUGGCACGCGCUGCAUUAGAGUGUACAUAAACCAGGAAGUGUAAUUUUGUUUUGUCGUUUAGGAUGUGAAAACAUUUUGUUCUACAUAUGCAAACUAGGUAUUCAAUAUGAACGAAAGAGAUGCGAUUCAUGAUGGCACCCUUUAUGCUAACAGUGAUAUUUUGAGGACUGCAAACGUUAGCAAGUUAUUAUUGUCCAAAUCCUUGGAGCAACUUCUUUCAGAGGAUCAAAAGGAAGUUGCCAAAGCCGAUGAAAACAAUGUCUGGUACCACAAGAAAAUAUCCAGGGAGUCAGCAGAGAGUAUACUACAGGAAGGACUACAGAAGCAGGGUGAUAUGAGCGGUCUGUUCCUGAUCCGAGACAGCACCGUGUCCAGCAACGACUUUGCACUGUCGCUGGUGUGCAAGGGGAAGAUAUUCCACUUCCAGGUGCAGCAGACGUGUGAGUGCUUCUACCGCAUCGACGAUGGACCCAUCAUCCACGGUUUGGACAAACUGGUGACUCACUACACCGGCAAUGCAAACGGACUCCCCACCAAACUCAGUAGCUUCUGCCGAGGGUCCAUACCACCAAAUACAUGUCGGAAGUUUGGACCCAACAAUCUUUUGCACCGGGCAGUUCUAGAGGGUAAAAAAGAUAUUGUAAAGAGAAUUUUGGCAUAUAGUACCUGCCCAGAUGUUAAUGCCAAAAAUAAGAUUGGUUCUCUAGCUCUCCAUGAUGCUGCCUUCCAUGGCUACUAUGAAAUUGUGGCUCAACUGCUGGACAGAGGGGCCGACGUGAAGAUCAAGGACACAAAUGGACACACCGCACUACAUAGGGCCUGUGUAGCCAACCAACCGCGGGUAGCAGAACUACUCGUAAAGAAGGGUCACAGCAGCACUUCGGAACGCUGCUCUCAGACAGGCUGGGUGCCACUCCACGAAGCUGCCAUGAGGGGUCACAUCAGUUGUAUCAAGGUGCUAUUAGAAAAUGAUGCUACUCCAUUUCCCAGGAAUGAUGACAAGCAGACGCCCCUGGACCUGGCACAGACGUACGGAAGGAGAGAAUGUAUCAAUCAUUUCAAAAAUGUUGAGAUUCAUGAUGUGCAGACCAAACGGGCAGAUUGGUUCCACGCAGAACUAGAUAGACAGGGAGCGUUGCAGAUGUUUGAGUUGCACGGAAUGAGGGAAGGAUUGUUUUUGAUUCGACCAAGCAAGAAACGCUAUGGCUGGCAUGUUCUCAGUUUGUGUCACAGUCGAGCUGCCUUCAACUACGAGAUCAGGAACCAGGACUACGAGGGACGUAUGGUCCACUACAUCGACGAUGGCCCCUACCUGCUCUCCCUAGAACACCUGGUGUACCACUACAGCCAUCAGAUGGACGGAUUGCCUUGUGUGAUUAAUGCCUCCGUCAACUCAGCUAAUAAAGUAAUUGAGGCAAUAGUGCCAAGAUCACAUGCUCUGGACAACAGCAGCCCAAGACCAACAUCACAACCAGAUCCUCCCGGUCUUCCUCCCAGACCGACGUCUGAAGAUAUGUACUCUGCACCCAACAAGAACAACCCUGCUGCAAACGACCCUGUCACACCACCGGUUCCUGCUGGGCCUAUCCCCAAUCGGAAGCCAGCAGAUGCAGAACCUCAGCAAACAAAUUUAACACUGAUCCCACUUUCGAAAAUCAAAAAAGGUUCGGAGCUAGGACAAGGAGAGUAUGGCUCUGUGUUGAAGGGCACUUUAAUAACACACAAGGGCACGUUCAGGAGUGAGAAGAUAGAUGUGGCGCUAAAGACGUUCCAUGAUGGGUCCGUUGAGAAUGCCAAUAGUUUUCUGGCUGAAGCCAGAGUGAUGCAGUCCCUUCAACACACCUGCAUCCUGAGUCUGCUGGGCGUCUGUGAGGGACCACCUCUCAUGCUGGUUGAGGAGUAUGUGCAGAUGGGGUCCAUGCUGGACUUCCUGCUGGACCACGAGGAGCGGAUUGAUGUGAAGACAGACCUGUACCUGUGGGCAGCACAGAUAGCUAACGGCAUGAAGUACCUUGAGACUCAAAGACUUGUUCACCGAGAUCUGGCCGCAAGAAACAUCCUGUUGAAGGAUAUGAAGCAGAUUAAAAUCAGCGACUUUGGUCUGUCAAGAGCUGUCGGCACAGAAAGUGAUUAUUACAAGGCUACACAUGGGGGCAGAUGGCCCAUCAAAUGGUAUGCCCCUGAGAGCGUUAACUAUGGACAGUUCUCCCAUGCGAGUGAUGUGUGGAGCUAUGGAGUCACUCUGUGGGAGAUGUUUACAUUUGGGGAGCCGCCGUAUGGAGAGAUGAAGGGGAUUGAGGUGGUACAGUACAUCGAGCACGGAAAGAGGCUGCUGAAGCCAGACAGGUGCCCCAAGACAGCGUACGACAUCAUGCUCAAGUGCUGGUCUUGGAAGGCCGAACACAGGCCACAGUUCAUGGACCUGGCUAAACACUUUGAUGAGGACCCUGAAUAUGCAAGCAUUCAGGAUCUGUUGAAGAGGGGCUGGAAAAAAGAGUAAUGUGCGGUGAAGAAGUUUGUUGAGGUUGUUGAGAUUUCAAGGGGUCAAGGGGGGUUCAGAUAGAGGCUGGAAUGUUGAUAUUGAGCUCACUGAGAUGAGCUAAGCUGUUUCAGUGAGCUACAGCUGUGUUAUUAGUAGGUGUGGGUGAAUAGUGGGAAUAAUAUAGGAUGUUGUUGGAUCAGGAAAAGCAAUAGCGCAGUGGGGUGUGGUAGAGUCUUGGGGUUAACUAGCUGGGUUUAGCUGUGGGGUGGCUAGAACUGUGGGAUAGAGUGAGAUUGAACUGUCAGUAAGAGUAGAGGGUGAAAAAUAUCUCCAGCACAGAAGUGAGUUGAAUUCUUACAGAUAAUUUAGGCAGGGGAUGUUGACAACUAGCUUACAAAGCUAUCACCCCUGAAACAUGUUACAUGAUCCCUGAAUAACAUGGAAUUUAGAUGUUUUAACCGUAUUAAAAAUGAUAAAAUAGAUUAUGGUUAAUGGACAGUUUGAGUUCGAGUAGAUUACAGCUAACUGACAUAAUAUAUGUCUCCAAUAAUGCACAGCAGACAUGUUUACAAUGAAUUGUGGGAUAGGGGCGGCCUCAGUUUGAACCCAAACUGACUGAUGUGUGAGCAGACAAGCAAGUAAUGCAUAUUAAGUAUAUAUCACAAGUGUUCCCACCGUUUGCUUUCUCUGCACUACUAUAUACAAAGAUUCAGUGUAUUCUCUCUCAGUCCAUGUCACUUGAUAGGGGAUGUGUUGGAGGCCUUGAAACUGUUCCAGAAACCUGAAGGCCCCAAGACCAGGUGCUCCCUUUCCAGGACUGUUAACUGUGAGUUUGUCUCUCUAGUGCCUUCUAUGCAAACUGUCCAUGUAUACAAAGUCCCAGGAAGAAGCUUUCAUAGAUCCAUGUUGCCAGCAAUGCUGCAGAGUCUGUGUCUUCUGUGUGUCUAACAAGAGAGAUCUCCACCAUGUUCUACCCCUAUGUUGAAGGAUGUAAAACCGUCACCAGGGACUGGUGUCACAUCUGUGCCAAAUACUUCUGCUGAAGAGGUCACUACGGAAAUGUAGACCAAGUAUGUUUCUGUAUAGAGAAAUCACCCUAGUGGAAAUCAUAAUACAUGGAGGUAACUCUGUUGCCACUGUAGAUAACUGUAGUCUGAAGUCCUUUUAUCUUAAAGCAAAACUAAUUCCUCUUUGGACUGAUGAAUUCAGUGUUGGCUUACAUGCUGGAAUCAUGUCAGAUAUUCUAUUCCGCAGAUGAUAUAUAAUGUAUCCCACUCCGCAGGUGAUAUAUAAUGUAUCCCACUCCACAGGUGAUAUGUAAUGUAUCCCACUCUGCAGGUGAUAUAUCAUGUAUCCCACUCCACAGGUGAUAUAUAAUGUAUCCCACUCCGCAGGUGAUAUAUAAUGUAUCCCACUCCACAGGUGAUAUAUAAUGUAUCCCACUCCGCAGGUGAUAUAUAAUGUAUCGCACUCUGCAGGUGAUAUACAAUGUAUCCCACUCUGCAGGUGAUAUACAAUGUAUCCCACUCCGCAGGUGAUAUACAAUGUAUCCCACUCCGCAGGUGAUAUACAAUGUAUCCCACUCUGCAGGUGAUAUACAAUGUAUCCCACUCUGCAGGUGAUAUACAAUGUAUCCCGCUCCGCAGGUGAUAUACAAUGUAUCCCACUCCGCAGGUGACAUGUAUCCCAUGUCAUGGACUACUGCAGAUUCAGCAAACAAACAAACAAACACAAAGCUAUGCAGUGGUCGACAAGGAUACAUUUCAGCUCAGUUACAGCCUUUAUACAGAGAUGUCCUGGGUUACAAUUCUGUAGUGCUCUGUACAACAAUCCCUUCAGCCAUACUUCUGUUAUGUUGAACUUAGGUAUGCUAUGUCACUCUCGUAUAUAUGGAUACACUGCCAUUGCUCUGUCCACUAGAGAGGUACCGGGUAUGCCAUGCUUGUCAUUAGAAGUGCCUAAUGAGGCUAAAGUGUUCAGUCAUGUGCGCAGAUGCUCUUGUGUGACCUGAUAAAUUGGAUAAGUACUCUUGCAAUUCAGCCUCUGGUUUGGCAGGUUUCAUGUUAUUGGCUUCCAUAAUAUAGCUGUAACAUUGCUGACUUUGUAACAAAUAUUAUCUUUGGGAUUACACUUUCUCAGUAAAAUGCAGAUUCUAGUACUUUUGUUGGGUUGAGUCCCAUCCUGGAUUCGAACCCACACUCUCAGUGUCAGGCACCUCACAAAAAGUCAGCCACCUAACCAACUCGGCCACCGCAGCUUCCAUUAAUUUGGGUGCACAUUUUUUCAAUUUUUAACACACAAAUUUGACAGCAGAUUUAUUGGACAUUUUUUCAGUAUUUACUGGAAUAAAUUUAGCUUCAUUCUUUAUCCUUCCCAAACCAGAAAUGAAUACCAUAUUAAUUUUGGUAUACAUUUUCCAAUAUUUAUCACAAAUCUUGGCUGCUGACAGCAAGGUUUCACUUGUCACAGAAUCAUGUGACAACAUGCAUACCCUCCUGGUCGCUUGUAUCAUGACAGGGAGAGUUCAGAUAGUGGGGCAGAGCCAUGCAAAAUUACUACCACUCACGAUGUUAUUAUCUCCUGCUCGUUCACGUGAAGCGAUAUGUCAUUUUCUUUCCACCAGAAAAAAAAGUUUGAUGAAAGUGUAACCUGUAGAUAAGCUAACCCCCUUCUACAAACUGCUUUUUUUCCCCUCAAAAUUAGUCUCAUCUACGAUCAUAUACGGUAAUUUCUGGUGUGCUGACACCCCCCACCACCACCCCGUGAUAUUGCUGGAAUAUUGCUAAAGGCAAAACCCAACUCACUCACUCACUCACUCAUAUACGGUAUUAAACUUAUUAUAAUCCAGAUAUCCUCAUAUAAGAUGAAAUUUUAACAAGAGAAACAUCAGGCAAAUUGUUUUGAUUCUAAAUGAAAUGUCUUGGCCUGAAAUAGCAAUGUCUGGCCAUCCAGUACCCAUUAUAUUCUCUGGAACAGGUUACAGCAUGGUAUAUUGUCAGUAUAUACCUCUGGAACAGGUUACAGCGUGGUAUAUUGUCAGUAUAUACGAGGAUGACAUAACAGCUGUAGAUGUGUUUCCUGUUUUUUUGUAGUCAUGGCGAUAUGUCGGCAGUCCAUGUACAUAACAGAACUUUUGUACCUGUUGUAUAAACGUGGACUUCAAGUUUGUAUACAAGUUAUAUCUGUAUUCAUAGGAAUGUUUUUAGUGGACUUGUUUUAGGAAAUACAUUGUAAUGUCAAAUCGUAUCUAAAGAGGGACUGGACGUGUACAAUUGGGUCCCUUUGUUCCAAGUACCGGUAAUUCAUCAACCACUUUGUCUUUAACUCACUGUUGUGAACUGUAGUCCCUCUUUAAGGUUGGAGAUAGCAUUGACUGCACGGUCUCAUUGAUGUCAGAUUGUGUACUCUCCAUUAGAGGUCACAUCAGGGGAACUUUCUUAUUGGACAAUCUUUUAGUUAACUGAUUUUUUUCUUCUUAUAAACCCUGAGUACAAGCAGGCAGGUCUUGAAGACACGUUACAUCUCUAAAAUAAACAUGAGCAUCAAGUUACAAAUGCAAAAAUAAAGGACAAUACCGUAUAUGAUAUGGUUCCAGAUUUUUUUCAAAUGUUGUAUGACACACAAAAGAAGCUACUUCGAAGGAAAUGUUUGUUUGCUGUCCAGCUUUUCUUUUAUUGAUAUUGACAUUGUUUCAACAAAGUGUUAACAAUAAGUAAAUGAAGCUGAACCAGGAGAGCAUACAAAUUCAUGCAUCUCCCAUUUAAAACUGAGAGUCAAAAUGUGCUCACAGAUCCUAUGAAGGAGUUCUGAUAUCCUCGUGGAGAUCUCGUAAGGAGUUCUAGAUCUGAUCUGAAUGAUAUUGGUGUUAGGUAGAGGCUGUAGAAGCCUAUGUAGAAGUCUAACAGACCAUAGAAGCUCCCAAUUCAUGUGAGUUGGUCAGGUGCAUAAUGUAUGUUUGAAAACACCACUCGUUGUAUAACAACACAGCUAGGCGCUGGUAGCUUGGUAACGCCACAAAAGCUGAUUUGUAAAUAACAUCUCGCAAUUCUUCAUCAUGCUGAAUUUACAUCAUUACUUUGUUUUUAUUCCAGAAGUUUGUUUUAUUUCCUUGCAAACAUGUUCCUCAAAUGAAGGCUUAUAUCAUAACAUAUCUCUAGUAUUGUUUGUUAAUCCAACCAAAGCAUAGUGAAGGAAUCAUACAACCAUCAAGCUUUGAAAUCAAACCAGAUUGGUUACAUAUAUGACUUCAAUGAAAUCACUACAUCUUUCUUCCAUAGCUUCCACAUUAGGAAAUAUAGCAGGACCCGAUUUCUCGAAACAAACUGAAGUUUUUACUCAAAUUUCAAAUUGAAUUUGACAAAUUGAAACAUCUGAAUUUUUAACUCAACUGUAUUUUUAAAAUACGAAAGCCCAUACAAACUUCAGUAACAUAUUCACCAAACUCAAAUUGUCUACUAUGUUUGAGUUUAAUAUCGAUUUCAGUUCAUUCUGGGAAAUUCAUUUUCCUGCUUUUUCGCAAAAUUUAGUAAAAACUCUAACUUAAGUCAAAACUCAGACAGAAGUUUUUUGAGAAAUCGGGGCCAGAUCAACCAAAUUUGCAAAGUUUUUGUUUGGGGAAAUAACCCCUUGUAUCUACAGUAUUGCUGCCAAGCACUUGCAACAAGUGGAAAGCAUGUAAUCUGUAGGCCUUUGUUUUCUAUGUGUUAGUAUGUCCACGAUCGGGGGAGGAACAUAGGCAACAGAAGACACAGGUAUAACAGGUUGAAGUGAUGGCUCUGCAAAUUUGUUUUUAUCCGCAGUCGGCACCAGUGCCAAUGAAGAAUCACUGUACCAAUGAUGAUUUGAUACACAAUUACUAAACACAAAAUAACACUUAAGUUUGACAACUUCCUGUCACAACUAUUUUGCUAUUUGCCAUGAUGGUCUCAUAUCCAAAUUUGUAGACCUGACGUAUCAGCUAGCUAGACCAUCUCAGUUGUAUGAUGGUGCUACAUAAUGAUGACUAAUAAUUGUCUGCUGGACCAGCAUAUUUGUCAAAUCCUGGCAUUGCCUUGGAAUCUUGGCCGCUGAUUGGACAGUUCUCUGAAUGCUGUAGAACAGUCAAUUUCCUGGUCAUAUACAUAUUUCUUGCAUUGCUAAGUCUAAAUCUUGCUCUUGUGAAGAUUUUGUUGCCUAUAUAUCCUGAUAUUUGGAGUUUUCGGAUGCCUAUGAAACAUUAAUUGUUUACUCGUUAAUCACAUGAACAACUGUAAUACAUCUCACUAACGUUUGAUAGGCAACAUUAUCAUUAAAACUAAACUGUCAUCUGAGUGUUUACAAUGUCUCGGUUACACAACCAACAUCUAUGUAACGAGUAAUUGCAAUAGACAUUUUACUGCAAAUUCCCUUAUUCUGUAUUCUGUUAUCAAUAUACAAAUUGAUAUGUUGUACAAAAGUAAAAUUGUGACGAUAGAUAUUACCAUAUCAGUAAUAUGUGAAUGAUGGCUAGAGCUAGCACCUUAUGUAGUUUAGGCAAUGCAUUAAUACUCCUGUAAAACAGCUCAUCAGGUACGUGGUGAGAUAUGUUAGGUUUAGCCAAGAGUAUAUAAUGUAUACCCUAUCUAUAUACAAUCUAUAAUCAUUGUGUAUACUGUAUGAACAAUCUGUAGCCUCUACUGUGACUUCUGUCAUCAUAUUUCAAUAUUUCUGAAUGUUUCAUAAUUUUUCAGUAAAAUACUAAAAUAUGUAAGCAUGUACGAGGUUCAGUGGCAUUAAUUGUGAAACUGAUCUUUUUCUAAAUAUUAACUUUAGUAAGAAAUUGACAGCAUUCUCCAUGAAACCGAACACUCAUAGCAUGUAUAAUAGUUCUUUAAGUAAAUAAAAAUCUAUACCACAAAGCAGCCUUAGCACAAUGGUUGACUUAGCCCCUUUUCUAGUGUGAUUAUCUAUUGUAACAACCUUAAACCUUUUGAAAUGCUCAUGUUAGUCUAUGAGCCAAGUCAUUUCCUUAAAAAUUUCUUAAGUCUGUGAGGAAAAGGAAGGCGUAGUUCAGAAAACUUCAACAAAGAGCUUCCAAACUUGUCCCAUGAUGUGACACAGUGGCGUGCUAUGAGGAUCCCAAGUUAGAAUCAAUAACCAAUGUCCUUUACUUGUAGUAAGAUGUGGCCAGAUGAACCAGCAGGCCAGAUUCUCUGACUUGGUUGAAAACGUCUUGAUACCUGAUAGUGUAGACUUUUGAUCAUAAUAUUAAAAACUUGAUUUUCUAGCUCAGUAUUCAUAGGCCACCAUCAUAUAGCUGGAAUAUCACUGAUUGCGGCUUUGAACAACGAAAAUUAAUAAAAGAGGCUGGCUCAAGGAAAUAUUGCUUUUUCUGGCAGAUUAUCUCCCUUGAUAGUAGUAAUUACUGUCCUAGUUCUUUGUUUGCAUGAAAUUAAUGAAGUACAUGAUUUAACUGGCAACAAUCACUGGACUUUAAGAAACAUUUAAUCAGCCAGUUCUACAUUGGUUAAUGUACUGGCAUUUUACUGAUUAACAGUCUGAAAAUGUUGAAGAGUCUGAAUUAAUAUUACCCUGUUUGUUUGUCAUUGUUACAAAAUAUUGUUGAGAUGAUGUGAAAUCGACUGAUGUCAAAAUUUCAUUAUAGUCAUCAUUGCAGUAACCUGAUCCCAAAGUCAGCACUGAUAAGUGCUUUUUAUCACAAGUUAAUAUCAUCUUUUGUGUCAUUUUGCAUAUCAUAUUACUCAUUAAAGGAUUGUGUACAGUUUUAUUUAUUUUUGUACUUCUUCAUUUUCAAUAUUUUUUAACAUUUGUGGACAUAAGAGGCAUAGAGAUAACACUGGAUUUGUUGAUGCAUUUGAAUUUAAGGAAUGAAUUAAAUUGAAUAGUAUUUUGUCGCCUUUAAGUUCUUGAACCUUCUGUCUUAAGUGCAUGCUUAACUUCCAAAUAACUUGAGUAAUUAUCUUGCAUUUGCAUGUUUGUCACACAUUAUUAUCAAUUCUUUUGUAUUUGCACAUAAAAAGUAUACCCAAAGGUAGGUAGAGUAAUGGUAGAUUUGUGUUAUGAUGGUUCUAAUCAAAUUCCAGUUAGCCUAAACACAAUACUCUCCAGAAGUCUUUAUUGAGUUGAAAACACUAUUCAUAAGUAAUGGAGACCUCACCUUCUUUAUUUCUUUGUUUGUUUAUUUUGAAGUUAUUACUUUUACGAAUACAGGUGUUGAGUUUUAAGUCUUAUAUUUCUUUCUUGCUCUUAAAUAUUUUUAUGAUUUUUCCAGUUUCUCAUAAGUAUCAACAUUCAUACUCUCGGUUAAAUAGUCAUGUAUGCAUUUUCGCUGAAAAUGUUUGUCAGCCAAACCAUCCGCUAAUUGUUCCAACUCCCUGUCAUGCUGUCCUCAUUGUCCUAGUUUUUCUAAUACACAAACAUUUUGUUUAUUGAAACCGGAAAUGAAAACCAAUCAUAUACUGAACCCUACAUUGUUAAACAGUCUAAAAAAGAAACUGAAAUGAAUAAGGUAUCUGUGUGUCCCUGUACCUCAACAUAAGGCAUCUUACAAUACCAAUCACUGGAUAGUCUGGUCCAGAAUGUUUACAGGCCACCAUUACGUAUAGCUGAAAUAUUGUAUGGCUUUAAAUAACUAACAAUAUCCUGUGCAAAGUGUUUCAAUUUGUCAGUGAGACUUGAUUCAAAAUGCAUUUUAUUUGUUUUCAACAUCCCUUAAGGCCACUCAGAUCAAUGCUGUCACAUACAUGAACAAUUGCGGGAUCUGCUUGUCUUGGGUUCAAAUCUCGAAUUUGCCAAAGUAAUGAUCAUUGAUCGUUCAGCAUCAUUGAUAUACUGAUGGGUCUAAGAUCUGCAUCAGUUUGUUCUCUCUACACACCAGGAUGGACAGAAA